AUGAGUAUGGUUUCAAAUGCACUACAGUGUGGGCUAUUGAGCAGCGGCGGGAAGUUUCGAAACUUGGUUACUCUGUUUCUGAUCGAGGCUGUUUAUGGUUGUCAACCUUCAUCAUCAAUGGAGGAACAAGGACUUGAAAAUGAUAAUUUGCAGCUAACAGGUUGUGGAGGUAGCUGGGCGUGUGAUCCACGAAGACGUCCUCAUCGUUACAUUGUACUGAUUUUCAUUUGUUUUCUAUGUUUCGGGAACUAUUUUUGCUAUGAUAAUCCUUCAGCACUUCAAGAUGUCUUUUUAAGUUCCUUAGAAAUGUCAAAAGUUCAAUUUAUGAAUUUGUAUGCAUUCUACUCAUGGCCAAAUGUAAUAUUAAGCUUUGUAGGCGGUUUCCUUAUCGACAGAGUAUUUGGUAUCUCACUAGGAAGUAUCAUCUUCUCCCUAUUUGUUCUUGUCGGUCAAAUAAUAUUAGGCAUUGGAGCUUAUUAUGCAAACAUUCCUACAAUGUACUUUGCAAGAUUAAUAUAUGGAAUCGGAGGUGAAUCUCUUUCUGUAGCACAAAAUACCUAUGCAACUCAAUGGUUCCCAUCUAAUGAAUUGAAUUUAGUAUUUGGACUUCAAUUAAGUAUGUCACGUAUUGGAUCUACUGUAAACAUGGUGUCUAUGCAACCACUCAAUCGUGCUGUUGGCAAAUACUUCAAUAUACACACUAAUCAACAAUUGGGUGCAUCUUUACUGAUCGCUUCUGUUACUUGCUUAUUUUCUUUUGGUUGUGCUGUAAUCAUGUUAUUUUUCACGAAAAGAGCUAAACGUAUUCUUGCUGUAACUGGGAAAACUCUCACAGGAAAUAUUCAGUCUACAGAUUCUGGCUCCAACAAAUUAAUUAACAAUGAAGAUGGCCAACAGGAACAACAUAUAUUAAAUAAAGAGAAUCAUGAUGAAAAGAUCUCUCUCAAGGAUAUUAUCUACUUUCCAGCCGCUAUUUGGUUAAUUUGUAUAAUUUGUGUAGCGUAUUAUGUGACAAUAUUCCCAUUUGUUAGUUUGGGGUUGGUAUUUUUUGAAAGAAAAUUUGGUUUAUCUGUUCAAGAAGCUGGUGUUGUCAAUAGUAUGGUGUAUAUUGUCUCAGCUAUGGCAAGUCCACUUUUUGGUGCAGCUAUCGAUUUUAUUGGAUAUAAUCUCUACUGGCUAUUCACUGGCAUCAUAAUAACAAUGUUAUGUCAUAUCUGUUUUGCAUUCACCACUGGUCAAAUCCCUCCUAUAGUUAUUAUGAUAGUGUUAGGCUUAGCUUAUUCGAUUCUAGCGAGUAGUUUAUGGCCUAUGGUUGCGUUUAUCCUUCCAUUGCAUCAAAGAGGCACAGCAUAUGGUCUAAUUCAAUCGAUACAGAAUUUAGGACUUGGAGUAAUCUCUAUAUUUGCUGGAUAUUUGGUUGAUACAAAGGGUUAUGUAUUUCUUGAGGUGUUUUUCACCUUCUGUUUGAGUAUUUCUGUAACAACUACAUUCGGUUUGUUGAUAUGGGAUCAACGAUAUGGUGCUGGUAUUCUGAAUGAAUCUGGUUCAAGUAGACGGUAUAAAAAUACUAUCAAAAUUGAUGAUGAUGAUAGUGUAAGCCAUACAUCAUUGGAACCAGUUGUUGCAUAAUAUGAAGACAACAUUAUACUAUGACUAUUACAAAUGUAUAGUGUUUAGCUAAAUGACUUCUUAUGCUAGCCUUCCCUUUUCUAUUCUACUCAUUUAAG